UUUUUUUUUUCCGAGUCAGUCCCGGUUUCGAUUCUGACAAUUAUGCUUGAUAGUGCAACUGAAUUAUCUCCACAAACUCGGGAGUUUCGGCUUCCACCCACAUGAACCACUGGAGCUCCAGUAGCUGAGCUCUAUCUAUCAUCAAUGAAUCUCCUUCAAUCAUCCUCCCAGUUUUCCACCGUCCGAUUCCUUCACCUCCAUCCUUCUUCCCCCACACCUCUCCGCACACGAUUCCUCCCUGUGAGGUCGAGUCUUCUUCCAUUCACAAAUCAAAACGCCAAGUACCAUAGAGAACUCGAAGCUGCAGUGGAUGUUGUAGAGAGAGCGUGUCGUAUCUGCGUUGACGUGAAAAAGUCUUUGUAUUCUAGUGAAGGACGUAUUGUUGAGAAGAAUGAUAACACUCCUGUUACAGUUGCUGAUUUUGGAGUGCAGGCUUUAGUCAGUUUGGAAUUGAGUAAAGUGUUCCCUUCUAUUCCAUUGGUGGCUGAAGAGGAUUCUGAUUUUGUCCGUUCUAAUAAUCUGGUGGAUUCUGUUGUGAGUGUGGUUACUGAUAAAGCAAGCUCCAAUGAUAAGCCUUUGACAAAUGUUGAUGUUUUGGAAGCAAUUGAUAGAGGAAAGAAUGCUAUUGUCUAUGGAACCAGGCCAGCCACAUACUGGGUACUGGAUCCAAUUGAUGGAACCAAAGGGUUUUUGAAAGGAAGUGAGGCCUUGUAUGUGGUAGGUUUGGCUCUUGUAGUUGAAGGAGACAUUGUAUUAGGUGUCAUGGGCUGCCCUAACUGGAAGGAGGCUAGUUCCUACAAUUCCACCAUUGAUGUUCAAGGAUCUGAAAGUGUGCCCACUAGAUCAGGGAUUUUAAUGGUGGCCCAUAUUGGCUGCGGAACAUGGGCAAGGCAGCUAUCAGAUCUGAUGGGUGUUUCUGCCAAAGUGCCUAAUGGUUGGACUAGGUGCUUUGUUGAUGGAUGCCAUUUAGUACCCAAAGCACGUUUUUGCAUUUCAGAUAGUCAGACAUGGGAGUCAGUGCCACUAUCAGCAUUUUUCAGCGCAACAAGUGAUGCUGACGGUGUGAGCGAUAAAGAGAUUCUCCUUUUGCCGACAUGUUGUGGAAGGCCCAUCACAUCAAUUUCGGAUCGUUUUCCAUGUCAUUUUCAUGAUAAAAGUUAUGUUCUAUGCAGUUUGUGCAAGUACUUGAUGGUGGCUUCAGGUAGAGCAUCAGUCUUCAUUCUUCGAGCAAGAGCUCAGACAAUUAUCAAGGCUUGGGAUCAUGCUGUUGGCAUAAUAUGUGUCCAUGAAGCAGGGGGGAAGGUGACUGACUGGAAAGGCAGUGAUAUUGAUCUUGCUGCAGAUCAAGUUGAAAGAAGAAUCUUAUUCCCUUCAAUGGGCGUUCUUGUGAGUAAUGGCACUAUACACAACCGGAUCCUGGAGAUGAUUUCUUCUACUUCAUGAUUUUUUAACGGUGAAUACCAUCAUUCUGGUUAGAACUUCAGUUCAUUCUGCAAACCUGCAAUUCUUUAGAUGAUCUUAAUCUCAGUUCACAAAAGUGCACAUGUGAAUUAUCAUGCUAGACCAUUCAAAGUGCAUUUUCUUCAAAGUUUCUUAGGCUGAGUUUAUCAGCCAUUAGAAGUAAACUCCAAGAAAUUAUGAAAUGGAGAACCAGAAGUCACUGCUGUAUUUCCUAUUUUUUCCAGGCGGAUGAAUCCUUGUCAUUUUUUA